AUGUCUUUUAUCAAGUACGAAACCAAUUUCAACGAGAACGAAUUGAAGGGGAAGACGUUGAUUUUGCCAUCGAUCAGUAUAGCGAAUGUACCGCAAUUAGCUAUCGAGCUGCUGCUGAACAACCAUUCGAAUGAGUUAAUUGGUAGGUUCAACAACGACGGCUUCAUCCAAGUUGCGGGUGGAUCUGCUAGUGGCUUGGUAACUCCCUUGGAAUUGCGUAGGCUGCAAAAGUGCAGCGAUGUCUUCAUAAUCGACCAGCGAUCACCGAUACUCAAAAGCCAUAAGAGUACAUUCGUAGAUAAUCUUAAGGUUUGGGCAGAGAGGCUGGAGCUCGACGUAGUCGUUCUAUCUUCUGCAGAUUCAGCUGCGAGAAGCGACAAUGAGAUCAUGUCAAGCCAGCUGAAGCAACUGUCUAAUAAGGAAGCGAAAUACGAUAGCAGGAUAAGCGUUUUCGAGCCGCUUGAAUUAGGCAGCGCUAAUGGAUCUGGCCUGCUCAAGUCUUACUAUACCAACAUGAAGAAAGCGUGUGCGUUGUGUCUGUUCACAACUGAAGGAGACAACAGGCCUGAUGCCCAUCUCCUCGUAAAGGCGAUUUCAAACGUACUUGGCUUGGAAGCGGUUGAAUUAAAGGAUCCUGGGCAUUGGGAUGGGCUUUUUGGACGCUUAUAUGAUAUUAAAUUAUUUGGCUGA